AUGAAGCUGUCCGCUGCGCUGCUGGGCCUGGCCGGCCUGGCUUCGGCGGCUUCGUCGUUCCGGUCGGUCCACCGCAACCACGACACAAACGACUACUAUGUCCUCCACCUCGACCCCGAAACCUCCCCAGACCAGGUCGCCCUGCACCUCGGCCUGACACACGAAGGCCAGCUCGGCGAGCUCGAAGACCAUCACGUCUUCUCUAGCGACAAAACGGAGCACGAUGUCGUCAAGCGCGAGCUGACGGAGAGAAAACGGCGGAAGCGGGACCUUCCUGAACUGGCCGACCGCAACGCCCUGGACGGCGUGCUCUUUGCCCAGAAGCAGGCCCUGCGCAAGCCGUGGGAGAAGCGCGUCGUCCCGCCGCGGGUUGGUCCGUCGCUCCCCGCACUCCAAACCAAGGCGGACACAGUCAACCCUGCAGCGUUGGCCAAGCUCAACAAGGUCGCCGACACCUUGGGCAUCAAGGACCCCAUCUUCAAGGAGCAGUGGCAUCUGAUCAACACACUGUAUCCGGGCCACGACGUCAACGUCACCGACCUCUGGCUGGAGGGCAUCACCGGCCAGAACACCACCGUCGCCAUUGUGGACGACGGGCUCGACAUGUACAGCGACGACCUGAAACCGAACUACUACGCGGCCGGCUCCUACGACUUUAACGACAAGAACCCCGAGCCGCGUCCCAAGCUCUCCGACGAUAGGCAUGGCACGCGCUGUGCUGGCGAGAUCUCGGCCGCCAAGAACGACGUGUGUGGUGUUGGCGUUGCCUUUAACUCCAAGAUUGCCGGGCUUCGUAUCCUCUCCAAGGCCAUAUCGGAUGCCGACGAGGCCGUCGCCCUCAACUACGACAUGCAGAACAACCUCAUCUACUCCUGCUCCUGGGGCCCACCGGACGACGGCCGUAGCAUGGACGCCCCCGGCAUCAUCAUCCGCCGCGCCAUGCUAAACGCGGUCCAGAAGGGUCGUAACGGCCUCGGUUCCAUCUACGUAUUUGCCAGUGGCAACGGUGCUGCCCAAGAGGACAACUGCAACUUUGACGGCUACACCAACAGCAUCUACAGCAUCACCGUUGGCGCCAUCGACUACCAGGGCAACCACCCAUACUACUCCGAGAAAUGCUCCGCCAGCCUGGUUGUUACCUACUCCAGUGGCGGCGGCGAGGCCAUCCACACCACCGAUGUCGGUACCAAUGCCUGCUACAACCAACACGGUGGAACGUCGGCUGCGGCGCCGCUGGCGGCCGGUAUCUUCGCGCUCGCCCUGCAGGUUCGGCCUGACCUCACGUGGCGCGACAUGCAGUACCUCGUCAUGCUCACGGCUGUGCCUGUCAACACCGACGAUAAGGACUGGCAGAAGACUUCCAUUGGCCGCUACUACAGCCACACCUAUGCCUACGGCAAGGUUGAUUCGUACGCGCUCGUCGAGAUGGCCAAGACAUGGAAGAAUGUCAAGCCGCAGGCCCGGUACUACAGCCCUUGGAUCCACGUCCACCAGGCGAUCCCGCAGGGCGAUGUCGGUCUCGCUGUGUCCAUUGAAAUCACCGAGGACAUGCUCGACGAGGUCAAUUUUGAGCGCAUCGAACACGUCACUGUCACCAUGAACGUUGAGCACACCUGCCGCGGUGACCUCAGCGUUGAUUUGAUCAGUCCCGACAACAUUGUCAGCCACCUCUCCGCCACCCGCAAGCAUGACAAGGCCACCACAGGCUACCAAGACUGGACCUUCAUGAGCGUUGUUCACUGGGGCGAAUUUGGUGUUGGAAAAUGGACGCUCGUCGUCAAGGACACCGUUGUCAACGAACACAGCGGCAACCUGACCGACUUCCACCUCAAGCUGUGGGGCGAGUGCAUCGAUGCCUCCAAGGCCACUCUGCUCCCCAUGCCCAAGGAGACCGACGAUGACGACCAUGAUAUUACUAGUACCACUACGUUGCAAGCGUCCACCACCACGCUCCCUCCUGGUGGGCAAUCUACGGGCAACUCGGUGACCACCAAACCUGGCGACCACCCCGACCGCCCCGUCAAGCCCACGUCGAAGCCCGCGUCAAAGCCCGCGUCACAGCCCACGUCGUCAACAUCCCAGGGUGCUUCACCGGCCAAGCCGACAGACGGCGCCGGCGACAAGGGCGGCACUGAAGUCGAGCACGAUACAGCACCCGCCGCCACAACCAGUCAGACAUCCUGGCUGCCUGCCUUUAUGGCCAACAUGUCGACGAAGAAGCAGAUUUGGAUUUACGGCGCGCUAGGCGCCAUUGUUGCCUUUUGUCUGGGUCUGGGCGUGUACCUGUACAUGGCCCGCCGCAAGCGGCUCCGGAACGACUCUCGCGAUAACUACGAAUUCGAGCUGCUCGACGAAGAAGAGGGCGAGGCUCUGAACGGUGGUGGCGGCGGCGGCGGGCUCGGCAGCCACGGCGAGAAGGGAUUGGGUGGCCGCAAGGGACGCCGCAAGGCCACGCGCGGCCGGGAGCUGUACGACGCGUUUGCCGAUGGGUCCGAGGACGACGAGGACGACCUGGAAGGCGAAAGCAGCGGGUCUGGUAGCCAUGGCCACGGGCACGGUGUCCGGCGUUUCAGUCUGAGCUUGGACGAAGACGACGAUGACGACAGCUACGACGACGUCGAUGCAGGGCGCCAGCGGGCGUACCAUGACCGGUCCAGCGAGCACUUGCCCGCGGCGACCACCGACACGACCACCACAGCAGCAGCGCGGCGACAAGUCGCCGAUGAAGAGGAGCCGCAGCACCACGUGAUUGGCAGUGACUCGGACGAUUCAGACGAAGACGGCGAUGGUGCCGCAGCACGGCCUGGCAACAACACAAGGCUGUUGUGA